CCUUUACUACGGGAAUCGGAAUCAUUGCUGAGAGCCUGUGAAUCGGGCAGUGGAAGCUGGAAACAACAGUGAAAAACGAGUCGUCUUUAAACCAGUUUCACAUACCCUACAAAGCAUCCCCCAUUCCACACCAACCUGCGACGGUCAUCUUCUCAAAUGUCAACCCAACGGUCAUUUUUUCAAAAAUCAACUCUCAGAACCUUAACCCGUAAAACCUCGUCUCUCCACACUAAAACCCUCCUCUCGUCUGCACCUAACCCUAAUUCUAGCUAUGGAAUUCCAGCACUCCAAACCCUAGAAACUUCCACCACACUAAACCCCUCUUCGGUCGAAGACCCAAAUCAAUCAACGUCUCUGUCAGAUUCGUUUUUAACGGAAAAGGUUCUCUUGAAUCUCAAGCAAGGUAAGCUCAAUUCUCUGCGUAAUUUGCUGUUUCGCUUGGACUCGGUGGUUGUUGUCGAUGUCCUAUACAAAUGCCGUGAAAAUUUGCAAUUGGGUCAGAGGUUUAUUGAUUCAAUUACAUCGAAUUGUCCAAAUUUUAAGCAUUCCCUGCAGUCUUUCAGUGCAAUGAUUCACAUUUUGGUCCGCAGUAGGAGGCUGCCGGACGCGCAGGCUGUGAUUCUUAGGAUGGUGAGAAAGAGUGGUGUUUCAAGGGUUGAGAUUGUUGAAUCGUUGGUUUUGACUUAUGGCAAUUGCGGUUCGAAUCCCCUUGUUUUCGAUUUGUUGGUCCGGACUUACGUGCAAGCUAGGAAGUUGAGAGAAGGGUGCGAAGCUUUUCGGGUUUUGAAAAGUAAAGGGUUGUGUGUUUCGAUUAAUGCUUGUAAUAGUCUUCUAGGAGGGCUGGUUAAGGUUGGGUGGGUUGACUUGGCAUGGGAAAUUUAUCAGGAAGUUGUUAGAAGUGGGGUACAAGUGAAUGUUUAUACUCUAAAUAUUAUGAUUAACGCAUUAUGUAAAAAUCAAAAAAUUGAAAAUACUAAGUCAUUUUUAUCAGAUAUGGAAGAGAAAGGAGUUUUUCCGGAUGUUGUGACUUAUAAUACACUAAUUAAUGCGUAUUGUCGCCAAGGGCUUCUAGAAGAGGCUUUUGAGUUAAUGGACUCAAUGUCGGGUAAGGGUUUGAAACCUUGUGUCUUCACUUAUAAUGCUAUUAUAAAUGGUUUAUGUAAGACGGGAAAAUAUUUGAGGGCAAAGGGAGUUUUGGAUGAGAUGUUGAAGAUCGGAAUGAGUCCUGAUACUGCUACUUAUAACAUUUUACUUGUUGAGUGUUGUAGAAAUGAUAAUAUGAUGGAUGCUGAAAGGAUUUUUGACGAAAUGCCGAGUCAAGGAGUAGUUCCUGAUUUGGUUAGUUUUAGUGCCCUUAUUGGGUUGUUGUCAAAGAAUGGUUGUCUUGAUCAGGCGUUAAAGUACUUCAGAGAUAUGAAGAAUGCUGGCUUGGCACCAGAUAAUGUGAUUUACACUAUUCUUAUUGGUGGAUUCUGUAGAAAUGGGGUUAUGUCAGAGGCUUUAAAGGUUCGUGAUGAAAUGCUCGAGCAGGGUUGCGUUUUAGACGUAGUGACAUACAAUACUAUUUUGAAUGGAUUGUGCAAAGAGAAAAUGCUAUCUGAGGCAGAUGAGCUUUUUACUGAGAUGACUGAAAGAGGUGUCUUUCCUGAUUUUUACACUUUCACAACACUUAUUAAUGGCUACAGUAAGGAUGGGAAUAUGAAUAAAGCAGUAACCUUGUUUGAGAUGAUGAUUCAAAGGAAUCUAAAACCAGAUGUUGUAACAUAUAACACUUUGAUUGAUGGGUUUUGCAAGGGCAGUGAGAUGGAAAAGGUUAAUGAACUAUGGAAUGAUAUGAUUUCUAGGAGGAUCUACCCUAAUCAUAUUUCAUAUGGUAUUUUAAUUAAUGGGUACUGCAAUAUGGGCUGUGUAUCUGAGGCAUUCAGGUUGUGGGAUGAGAUGGUGGAAAAAGGUUUUGAGGCUACCAUCAUCACUUGUAACACUAUUGUAAAAGGAUAUUGUCGGGCAGGGAAUGCAGUAAAGGCAGAUGAAUUCUUGAGCAAUAUGCUUUUGAAAGGAAUUGUUCCUGAUGGCAUUACAUAUAACACUCUUAUUAAUGGAUUUAUAAAAGAAGAGAACAUGGACAGAGCUUUUGCCUUGGUUAAUAAAAUGGAAAACAGUGGGCUGUUACCUGAUGUCAUUACAUACAAUGUCAUUUUGAAUGGGUUUUCCAGACAAGGUAGAAUGCAAGAAGCUGAACUGAUAAUGUUGAAGAUGAUCGAAAGAGGUGUAAAUCCCGAUAGAUCCACAUACACAUCAUUAAUAAAUGGACAUGUCACACAGAACAACUUGAAGGAGGCAUUUCGAGUUCAUGAUGAGAUGCUGCAAAGGGGCUUUGUGCCAGAUGAUAAAUUCUGAUUGCUCCAUUAUUGCAGCCAUCUUGACAUUCUAAGUUCAUUGCUCAGCAUGCCACAUACUUGAGAAUUUUGCAGAUGGGAUUUAAAUUAUACUCACCAUGCAUGCUGCAAUUGAUCUCCACACAAAGAGGAUGGUUGGUGAAGGACUCGAGUUAGAUGGGCUUUAUUAUCUCAAUAUUCAAUCUAUAUUCCAUUCUCAUAUAGAAAGAUGUCAAAUGUUAUUGUUUUCUCUUCACCUGUUACUCCUCUCCAAUGGCAUUACAGGCAUUGUGGAAUUUUAAAUCCGUGCGGAGAACUGGCAUCAAGCAUGGAUUUUGAUAUUGCAUCGUUGAAAGGUCUAACCAUAACUGUUAUGAUCUGUGAAGCUGAUUUAGACAUUGUUCGUUAUUCAAUUCUCUGAUAGGCCAAGUGCUUUCUUCUUUGCCAUAAAUAGUUUAGCUUGACCAAUUCAUGAGAAUUAUUUUGAUUGGUUUAGUGCAAUGUUCCAUGUGAAAAACAUGAGGAAUUGUUUGGUUGUAUGUAUCUGAUUAACUGAAACAAAAGAAAAAUGAAAGGGAAAAAAAAAAAACAUAAUAACACGGAAAGCUGAGAUUAGAUAGAGAUGGGUUGCUUCCAUUUGGAUUAUCAUAACAAAAAUGUCCUUUGUCA